UCACGCUUCCUCAUAAGAAGAUAUGUACUCCCAUUCUCCUAGAUGGAUGUCAUUGAGCCACAAUGAUUAUGGGCCGUUUUGUAGAUAUAUACUAUAAGUUACAUACCUGAAUUCGGUAGAAGCCAACGCAAGAACCAAAAAAAUAAUCUAAUCUCUUGCCCCGUAAGACAGUAAGAAAGAAAGCUUCAAGGGAAAGCUAGAGAGCUGUACAGUGAGUGGCUUGUUUUGCAUAUCCAAGGCCCCCACGAACUCUAUCAAAGAAUCUCUGCUGAAUCGCUGCUGCUGCUGCUGCUGAUGAUGAUGCCACUACUGCUACUGCUUCUGCUUCUGUUACUGCUUCUGUUACUGCAGCUGCUGAUUUAAUCGUGUGUAAGACUGUAAGUAACUGUAUCUGGUUUUCUGUGUAUUGUAUUGUAUAUGUUUUGAUCAGAAGGAUUUGAAGUGCCCCGCACGUGGAUUCUGGAAAGGCUAUGAGGCAAGGGGUGAAAUGAUAGGAUAUGUUCAGGUUCAGGGUUCCAGUCUCGAUUCGGGUUCGAUUUCACAGACCAUGGCCAUGAGCAGCGCAGCCACAGCGAUGGGAGCCGCGGCAGAGGCGGGGAACAAUAAUAAUAAUAAUAACGGCGGCAACGUCGCGGGUUCGAAUGCAGUGGAGGGCGCGAGUGGGAGUGGGAGUAUUGUGGAUCCUAACAAGAAGCCGUUGGCAAAACGGUCGUCGACAAAGGAUCGGCAUACGAAAGUGGACGGAAGAGGGCGGAGGAUUCGGAUGCCUGCGACUUGCGCGGCUAGGGUUUUCCAGCUUACGCGUGAGCUGGGGCAUAAGUCGGAUGGGGAGACAAUAGAAUGGCUGUUACAGCAGGCGGAGCCCUCGAUUAUUGCGGCAACUGGGACAGGAACUAUUCCGGCGAAUUUCUCGACAUUGAAUGUUUCGAUGAGGGGGUCGGGGUCCAGCAUUUCGGCUCCGUUGAAGCAGCAGCAGCAGCAACAGCAAGCUUCGUUUUUUGGGGUUGGGCGGGAUUCGAACCUGGCACGUCUGGAACAUCAGUUCCGAAUGCGGAACGAGUGGGAACGCGCGGAGGAGGAUUCGAAAGGGCCGCACGGACACAACGACAUGUCAUUAAUGGGGGCCGGAUUUCAUCAUCAUCAGGACAGCGGAAAUCUGAUGAGCGACAUGGGGGAAGGAUCGCUGAGAGCGGCGGCUCAGGCUCAGGAUUCGGAGGAAGUGAAUUUGAGGAAGAGGUUUCGAGAAGAUCUGUUUAAGGAAGACGACAGCCCCCAUGCGGACGCGGCAAAGCGCGUAAUGCCGGCGGCGGCCAUGUGGGCCGUGGCACCUGCGGGAAUGACCAGCAGCGUUGGACAUCACGCUCACGGUCACAUGCCGCCAGGGGGGUUUUGGAUGCUGCAGCCCGUGAGCGCAAGUGCGAAUUCGCACCUAAUGGCAGCCGGUCCACAAUCUGAGUCUCCUAUCUGGCCAUUCCCUACCACGGGGGGAGCUUCCAUGUACUGUAUGCCUACCGGGGCCUCAAUUCACCUCGGCAACCCCGGUUCGAACCUCGCCAGAUCCAACAGUAACAACAACAGCAACAACAAUAGCACUAACAACAGUAAUCUUUCCAAUCUUUCCGCACUGCCGCUGCCGUUUAUUCCCAGAAUGAAUCUGAUGAGCACACAGGAUGCCACAGCUGCUGUUUCAGGUUCACCAGGAGGAGGAGGAGGAGGUUCCUCGCGGUUUAUCUUGCCUUCGAUGAUGUUGCAGCAGCAGCAGGGAUCGAACCCUGGGCAGGGCCUCGGGGUUAAUCCGAACGAAAGUCAUCUCGGAAUGCUCGCUGCUCUAAAUGCGUACAGUAAAAUGAGUUCAGAACAACAGCAGAAUCAUCACCAGCAAGUGGAAGAAGGCAGAUCGGGAGAAGCUGAUCACCAGGCCGCUAAUUCUCAAUAAGAAUUAAUCCGUUCCAAAGCUCUAAUUUUUAUUUAAUGGAGUUGCAGAUUGGUGCAACCCUAGCUUUCUGUUUUGGAUAUGAUUAUUAUCAAAAUUGACAUGCGUACUACUGUAAUUUUCUACCGAUUUCCAGCCAAAACAUCAGGUCUGCGUGGAGUUGGAUCCAAUGCCGACGGCAACCUUCCAUUUUAGACGUUGCAGUAACAGUUGAGUCCGUCCGUCCGUCCGUCCAUAUUCGAUCUGCCAAAGAUUAGAGUUUGUUGCUGAACAGAGCAGGUGUGUACGUCGUGGAUAAAUUCUUUUAUUUCUAAAGGGAAGGGGGGGAUUGAAUAACUUCUUGUGUGAAUAGAUGAAGAUUGGAGAGCUUGCAAGUGUGCUUCUGAGAAGCUCUGGUCUAGCUUGUGCUGUGGUAAUGGCCGCGUCAUUCAUGACUGUUUCUCUUCUGAUUUGUUUCUAUACGUGAGUGGUUUUAACUUGUAACUGUAUUUUAUUAGGAACCAUAAUUUGACUUUGUUCCUAAGGCUAGCACUCAGUCAGUCAGUGACUACUUGGGAACUGUAUUUUUCAUAAUCUGGUAAUUGUUUUCGAAAUACUCAAAAUAACUGUCUUAGACAAAUAUUACCUAUGUUCGUAUAGCUUCUAUACGGAGUUUCUUCUGUAUUGUAGAAAUUUUUUCUGAAAGAGAGCUUGAAAUUUGAAAUUUGAAUCUUGAAUCUAUGUUUUUUUAUUCA